GAUCUGACAUACCUCGAGUCUUUCACUCUUCUUCUUCUUCUUCUCUCUCUCUCUCUCUCUCUCUCGCUUUCUCUGUCUUACUUCCGUCCAUCUUACUCUUGGCGUAAUCUUAGAUCCCGUUCUUGUCACCAUGUCUCAACAAGGAUACUACAACGGUCCUCCUCCGCCGCAGCAGGCUUACGGCCAAUAUCCCCCGCAAGGUUACCAGCAGGGUUACCCUCCUCAGGGCGGAUACCCCCCUGGCCCUCCUCCCCAGGGCUAUGCUCCUCAACCCAUGCAGUACCAGCAGCAACCCCCUCCCCAGCAGAAGGACCGCGGCUGUCUAGGAACCUGGUAAGCGAUCCAUUGCGUUGCCCUCUCCAGUCCUACCAGAAUCUCUCACUAACAUUUGUCUUCUGCUCAGCUUGGCUACUCUGUGCUGUCUGUGUCUGUG